CCAGAGUUGAAACCAGCAAAAUUUGCGCAAAACUACUAGAAUCUUCAGGUAAGGGCCAGAAGAGCUCAGACUUUUCUUCAAGACAGCAAGGACUGCCAGUUUCUUUGAGUGCAUCUACGUUUGUUGUCAUAUUCAUCAACGCAGAGUCAACUAAACCUCCGAGAUACACCGUCUCAAGUGUUGACCAGAAGAAGUUUUCGACUGCUUGGUGCCACUGUCACACGCGGCAAAGUGCUGCUGCUUCCUAUUGAGAAUCACUUCUUUUCGUUAUACACACUUUUAGUUUGUUUCACUGCGUAUUCGCACUAGCUGUCGUCGGCUUGUUCCUUUAAACGAGCUCUUGGCUUUCAAGGUUCUAGUUCUUUUUGUCGUUGGCCAGAAUCUGCACCGUCAAUAUACACGCCACACUCAGCCGAAGUGCGACCCGCAACCGUUCCGCUUUAUCAAAGCCAAAGACUUCAGUUAAUUGGAAAGACAACCGGGAAUCGUCGUGAGACAUAUCGAUUUUGGCAAGCAUCAGGAUACCCCUCAACCUGCUGUCAACCUCGAUCUACCAGUUGAUGGGCUCCAUCAACUUCAGCCUGAUAUCAGCCCGAGGUAUCCACGCCAACAUCUGCCGGUCCGAGUUUCCACCCCGGCUGUCUUUUAAAAUCCGAAUACUAAAGAAGACACCAUACCAAGGCUGGAGUCGGCAUAGACCAGCAUCAACAUCCAGAAGCAAUCCUAAACGGCUACUCUGGAAUAUCAUCCGCGGGAUCUGAAUCAAACACCGGGGCAACUUCUAGUGGUGUCUCGUGCGCCGAUCUACCCGGAACAAGCCACCCAGAGCCACCGCACACCAUGGCUCCGUCAGACACGAGGCAGUCUCGGCCUCCUACGGAACCUGCCAUAACAUCUUUUUUAUUGGGCAAUUUACACUGCCCGACAUGCGUCUCGGCCAUCAAAGAAGUCCUGCAUGCGUCGUGCAGAGACAAGAUCAGGUGGGUGUCGCCCAACAUUGUGACGGCUGUUGUUACCGUUGAACACGACUUGGAUGCCCCAAUCAGCACCAUGGCCGCCGAACUUUCGAGAGCAGGGUUUGAAAUUUGCGGUGUAACAACCUCCGCAGGUGACAGAACGACCCAGGAGGCACACCUCGACGCGGAAGCGGCAACUGCAGCUGUUAACAUCUGCAGUAAGGAAACUACCAGCAGUCGACAUAAAGGGAAACAGCCUGCCGCGUCAUCCUGGCUUAGGUCACCACUCUUUGGCUCGAGACCCUCUCAUAUCGAUGCGCACUUGAAGAACUGCGAGGAGUGCCGCGGAAAGGGUGCAGACUUCGCUGCUAGGCCUGAUCCGCUCCCUAGUGCACAGGAGACGACCCGGAACUUGGGUGUUGUCAUACGGCCCCCAGCUCCGUCAAGGGCCAGGAGCAACAACGGCGAAUCAUCUUCAUCUUCAGCAUCGUCAUCGGCUUCUUCAUCACCACCAAUCAUGUCUAUCGAGUCUUUUGCUUCGCCAAAUCUUGAGGAUGCGCCAAUAUGGAGGGCCACUGUUGCCAUUGGUGGCAUGACAUGCGCCGCAUGCUCGAAUGCAAUCACAAAAGAGCUUAGCAAAAGAGAUUGGAUAUCCAAUAUUGCCGUUAAUCUCAUCACCAACAGUGCGACUGUCGACUUUGCAGACCGAAGCAAAGCUGACAAGAUUGUGGACGAGAUCGAAGACCUUGGAUACGAUGCCGCGAUCGAUACCAUUACAAACUUGAAGGAGGAGAAGACGGAGCAAGAAGAACGGACUGUGGAGAUCUCGGUGGAUGGCAUGUACUGCGACCACUGCCCUCGACGGACAAUUCAGAACCUGGAGACCUUUGGCCUGCGAUACAAUCUUCGUGUGGAUCGGGAGCCGACACAUCAACAUCCCAUCAUGAAGGUUACAUACGUACCAAGUUCUCCUGACUUUACGAUACGUCGAAUUCUUGCCUCGAUCGAGGCUAGCGACCCGGCAUUCAAAGCUUCUAUAUACCACCCGCCGACACUCGAAGAGCGAUCCAAGGAGAUCCAAAGAAAGCAUCUAAGACAAAUCUUUUACAGGGUCAUAUUUACCGGGAUACUUUGCAUUCCAACAUUCGUACUGGGUAUCGUCUACAUGACCCUUUUGCCAGACAGCAAUGUGGAAAAGCACCAUCUGAUGAUGCCCUGGGUUGCGGGUAUCAGUCGACUUCAAAUAGCACUGUUCAUCCUGGCGACCCCGGUCUACUUCUUCGCCGCCGACAUGUUUCACUUGCGAGCGUUCAAGGAGAUCUGGACCCUCUGGAAGCCUGAAUCCCGGACACCAAUUCUCCAACGCUUCUACCGGUUCGGGAGCAUGAACACACUGAUGUCUCUGGGCACCACUAUUGCCUACGUCAGCUCCACGAGCCAGCUGAUUGCGGCUGCAGUCUACAGGCCCAAGGAAAUCAACGAUGCCAAUUUCUACUUUGACGCCGUCGUUUUCCUGACUUUCUUCUUGUUGCUCGGCCGGCUCAUUGAGUCCUACAGCAAAUCCAAGACUGGCGAUGCCGUUGAGGCCCUUGCCAAAUUGAGACCGACCACUGCCAUCCUCGUCGAGCAGAGUACAGACAUGCAUGGCCAAAGACACACCGAGGACAUUGUCGUCAAAACGGAGCUUCUGGAUUUCGGAGACCUCGUCCGAAUCCCACACGGCACAUCACCGCCAGCCGACGGAAUCAUUGUACAAGGCGCUACCAGCUUUGAUGAGUCGAGUCUAACAGGAGAGUCACGACCGAUCAAGAAGGGACCAGGCGAGGAGGUCUAUGCCGGCACAGUCAACAAAGCUGGACCUGUGGUGAUACGCAUAACGGGCGUAUCUGGCAACUCCAUGCUGGAUCAGAUUGUCCGCAUCGUACGCGAGGGCCAGACUAAACGAGCGCCGAUGGAGCAGUUUGCCGACAUCCUGACCACGUACUUUGUGCCGUGCAUCACUCUUGUGGCUGUUGUCACCUGGUUGGUGUGGCUCUCGGUUGGUCUUUCGGGCGUGAUCCCAGGGCACUUUUUGGAUGUAACGUCCGGCGGAUGGGUUUCAUUCUCCCUUCAGUUUGCCAUAUCAGUCUUUGUUGUUGCGUGCCCCUGCGGCCUGGCGCUUGCGGCCCCAACCGCCAUCUUUGUAGGCGCUGGUCUCGCAGCCAGGUAUGGUAUUCUUGCCAAGGGUGGUGGCCUCGCAUUUGAGACGGCUAGUCGGAUCGAUUGUGUCGUGUUCGACAAGACUGGCACCUUGACAAUGGGUGGGGAGCCCAAGAUUACAAACUCCAAAUUUCUAGAUGGCGAGAAGGGAGAGUUCGUGGUUCCCACGCCCCUUAUCAUGGCUGCCCUGAAGGCCAUUGAGGAGAACAGCAGUCAUACCAUAGCCAAGGCCAUCGUUUCGUAUUGCUCACUCCAGCCCCUCCCAACCGGCCAAGUCGAGGAUCUUCAGGAGAUACCUGGCAAGGGAAUGCGUGCAGUCUUCACACCGAAUGAUGGCUCUGCGGCAUUUGAAAUGAUUGUGGGGAACAAGGCCCUGAUGGAGCAGUUCUCUGCUACCGUGCCUCUUUCCCUUGACGCGACGUUAGCCAGGUGGACAGCAGGUGCCAACUCGAUUGCCCUCGCAGCUGUCAAACCAAUAUUGGACAAGCAAAUCGUGGAUCCAGAGUCGAUAGCAGAGUCUACAUAUUCGAUUCGAGGCGCACUCGCAAUCUCGGACCCGAUCCGGCCCGAGUCGGCAGCCGUGAUCGCUGCACUUCAGUCCCGAGGCAUCCAGGUGUACAUGCUGUCCGGAGACAAUGCAGCAACAGCGCGGGCAGUCGGCAACAGACUGGGGAUUGACGUCGAGCAUGUUCUGGCCGAGGUGCUACCUGCACAAAAGGCUGACAGGAUCAAAUAUCUUCAAAGCACUCUCAAGGCGCAGAUUGGCCACAAGAAGGAAUCUACGACUAGGCGAGCCAUUGUGGCCAUGGUUGGCGAUGGAGUAAACGAUGCACCAGCGUUGGCACAGGCGGACGUUGGCGUGGCUAUCGGAUCUGGAUCAGACGUUGCCAUCUCGAGCGCCGGGUUUGUGCUGGUCAAGAGCGACCUUCGUAACGUUCUCACGCUGCUGGAGCUUUCAAAGGCCGUGUUCCGUCGCAUCAAGCUAAACUUUGGCUGGGCGCUGUUCUACAAUGUCCUGGCCGUCCCUGUCGCCGCCGGCGUGCUUUACCCAGUCGUAGGACCGGGAGGCCAGCACGUGCGGCUUGACCCAGUGUGGGCGGCGUUGGCGAUGGCCUUGAGCAGCAUCAGCGUCGUUAUGAGUUCGCUUCUGCUGCGAUCACGGCUGUGGAUUUUCGGAUUCAGGCCGAGCAUGGUGGAAGUGGCCGAAGCGGAGAGACAGGAAGAGGAGCGGGCUGGGGAUGAUGCUAGCAGUGACAGAGUGGUGGUGAUCUCUUCUGAGAUUAAUGAUGAUAAAAUCUGAAUUCAUCGAGCGUGGAGGGACUUUCUUUUGUCUGCUGCGUCCUGAACGGACUUUCUUUUCUCUCUCUUUUAUUUGGCAUUUGACCACAACACCCUUGGUACAUAAACCAAGGAUACAUUGUUUUAAUAGUAACGAUGCCUAUCAUGCUUUUUUUGUUUUCGGCCCGUUUGUCACAAGUGUCCUUUAGAGUGAAUAUGCUUGCGCUGCAUCACAGUCCGCAAGAAAAGGCGUCAAAUACCCGUCCCAAAACAAAUCAGGGGCUUCCCAGAACGGAGCAUGGCCCAAGCCAGGAAUCCGGUGGCACUCGCCCUUCCACAGAUUCCUGAAGCGGAUACCAUCCACAUAGUCCAGGUUGACAAACGGCUCCUCGGCCCCGUUGACCACGGCGCACAGCACGUCGCUCGCCCCGACGAUGCCGACCUGGUCCGACAGCUCUCCAGCGAAGGCGUUCUCCGCCAUGACGCGCCUCGCCCGCCCGUCGGUCCGCCGCGCCCCGUCCGCCAUCCACUGCUCCCGCGGCGGCCCGUGGCCCGCCACCGUCAGCGUCUCCACCAUCUCGUCCGUCAGCUCCUCGGCCGCCAGCGCAAAGAAGGAAAUCUCGCUCAGCGCGUCCCGCCCGCCCCGACCAACCUCGCCCCUCCGGCUCUCCCGCGCAGAUGCGCACUCCCCGGCACCCGGCGAGAAGCCCGCUUUGAACUGCGCCGCGUUGCCGAGCGGCGGCGUCCCCACCAGCAUGAUGCCCGCGAUGGCGAUCUCGCUGGUGGGCGGCGGUGACGGGGCGGGGGAUGUGCCGGGUAGAGGUCCCGUGCCGAGGCUGGCGGCGCGGUCGGCCAGGCUGGACGGCGCCAGCAGCGGGAUCAGCUCGAUGGCGACGUGGCCGCCCAGGCUCCAACCGAGCACGGCGACGCGGCCGCGGAUGUUCAGGGCGGCCAGCGCGUGGGCGGCCACGGCGGCGUAGCCCGGUUGGGUGUAGACGCGCUGGUGCUCGGCGGUGGCGUUGCCGGAUCGGCCGUGGCCUGGGUAGUCGAGGGCGACGACGCGGGAUACGCCUGGUGGUGGAGGGCGGGAGAGGAUGUGGGUGAAGGCGAGGGAGCUGGAGGAGUUUCCGUGGAGGAGGAGGAGGGUCAGGUCGGUUGGGUGAGGAGGUGUGGUGGUGGGGUCGGGUUGGAGGAUGGUUGCGGAGAUGGGGCACCAGGGUGUUGGGAUUGUUUGGGUUUGGGGAGUGGGCAUUGUUGGUCUUUCUUUGGUCUUAGGGGUUGUGUGGUGGGAUUAGAGGGGUGGGAGAUGUAUCCAAGUCGGGUGUGGGAAAGGUAGGAUGGCAGAUAAAUAAAUGAGCGAACUAUAUUUACAUAUCAGACGAGCAAUGAUAUCUCAUGUAUUGGCUAGGUUAGAUCUGCUGCAACGGUAGAUAUGUAAGGAAGGCGCCUGGUUGCAUUCUUGAAAAGUAAACCCGAUAAUAGAAAGCUACCAAUCAAAUAAAAUCAGCGAA